AUGACCAACACGUCUACCUGCACGAGUGUCUCGCCGGAAUGCCCCGUCUCAGCGACAACAUACGGAUACCGACCUAACCUAGGCGGCAAUGUCUUCUUCGUGGUCAUUUUUGGACUAUGCGCCAUCUACAACUUGAUAAUCGGCAUCAAGUCGAAGCAAAAGAUGUUCACAAUUGCCCUGACGGUGGGUAGUGCGAUGGAGCUGGCGGGAUACAUUGGUCGAAUCAUCAUGCACCAGAAUCCAUGGAACAACAGCGGAUUCGAACUCCAGAUCAUCUGUCUUAUACUGGCCCCCUCGUUUGUUGCCGCGGGUAUCUACUGGUCCUUGAAGCAUAUCGUGCUCUUCCUUGGUCCUGAGCACUCGCGCGUGGCUCCCCGUCUGUACCCGUGGAUCUUUGUGGGCUGUGACAUUGGCUCUAUACUUCUCCAAGCGGCUGGUGGUGGUGUUGCAGCAUCUGCCACGAGCGCAAACCAGACCCUCCUCGACGUGGGUAACGAUAUCAUGAUUGCUGGUAUCGCCUUCCAGGUCGUCACAAUGGCAGCUGCUGGCAUUGUCGGCGUGGACUUUCUCAUUCGUCUUACGCGCCGACGCCGCUCUGGAGAAGGGGCUGAAGAGGAGAAGUUGUCCCGGCUAUCUGCCCGCAAGUUCUACCUCUUCUGUGCCGGCGAGGCGUUCGCCUAUAUUACUGUUCUGAUUCGUUGCAUCUACCGUAUUCCUGAGAUGGCAGGUGGAUGGGGUAACCCUCUAAUGCAGAAUGAGAAUGAGUUCCUGGUUUUGGACGGAAUGAUGAUCGCUCUUGCCGUCGUCACUCUUACCAUCCUGCACCCUUACUUCACCUGUCCUUUCGUUCGCCCAGAUCGCACCUAG